GGCCUCCUUCGUCGUCCACGUUGUCCACGUUGUCCACGUCCUCCACGUCGCCGCCCACGUCGUCGCCCACACCACCCUCUCUCCCUCUGCAACACACAAAAAUGAACGGGAACCAUUCAGUGCCCGGGACGCCCGUCCAGCGGGCGGCCAACGGACAGGUGAGCGCGCAGCAGUACAACCAGCAGCGGACGAACCAGUUCACGUCGCUGCUCAGCACGAUGUCGAUGUACCAGCAGCUCGCGCAGAACGUGGGCAUCAACACGCCGCAGGGCCGCGUCUACCUGCUGCACGCCCAGACGAUCAGGCAGCAGCUGCAGGCCCAAGCGCAGUCGGGGCAGCUGCCGAACCAGCAGAUCCUGCAGCAGCUGCAGGCGAACGCCGGGCUGGCCCAGCGCGGCGCCGUGCCCGAGCAGACGGCCACUCGAAGCCGGCCCCCGCUGACGCCGCAGGAGCACACGCUGCUCAUUGCGCGGCACAGACAGCUGCAGACGGCCCAGACGUAUCUGAACGAAAUGAAGGAGAAGCUCGCCCGCAUCAAGCACGAGCUGGCCACGAACGAUAGCCUGGACGCGGUGACGAAGGACGCGCUGAUGAAGCAGGAGGCCGAGCUGGUGACGAAGAUCACGCAGUACACGGCGGCGAUUGCGAACGGGAUCCGGUCCAUCCAGCAGAUCCAGAACAAGCAGUUUGCGCACGAGACGAAGCCCGGCACCGCUGACGGCCACGAGGCGGCCGGAGCUGCUGGCGGCGCAAGCGCCGGCAGCAGCCACGAGGCCGCCUCUGCAGCCCAUGCCAGCAGCGUCGGUGCCAGCAGCGGCAUGGCCGAGAGCAGCGUCUCGCCGGGAAACGCAGCAGCGAUGGCGCACCUGGGCGCCGCGCAGAAGGCGGCGAUGGCGAGCGGCAUGGACAAGCCGGGCCAGCCUGGAAGCAUGGCGGCCGCCGCAGCCGUGAACGGGAAGAUGGAGCUCAAGUCGCCCACGCCGUUCUCGCUGCCGCCCGGACGAGCGACGCUGACGGGCGGCUACGCUUCAGGCAGCAUUGGACUGAGCACGCCGGGCCUCGCGCGGGCGCCGCACUACGAGCUCGACAGCGGGACUCGUCUGCUGUCGAAGCGCAAGCUCCAGGAGCUGCUGCAGCAGAUCGACCCCGACGAGCGGCUGGAGCCGGACGUGGAGGAGCUGCUGCUGGAGGUGGCCGACGAGUUUGUGGAGACGGUGACGAGCUUUGCGUGCCGGCUGGCCAAGCACCGCAAGUCGGACACGCUGGAUGUGAAGGACGUGCAGCUGCAUCUCGAGCGCAACUGGAACAUCCGGCUGCCGGGGUAUGCGAGCGACGACGUGGUGAAGAGCGUGCGGAAGACGGGGCCCACGGGCAGUUAUCAGCAGAAGCAGAGCGCGGUAGCGACAGCGAAGAGUUUGAACAAGGAUUAAUGAAGCGGCGAAGCGAAGCUGAAGCUGCAGAGCCGAAGCUGCAGAGCGCCAGCGAGGCAGCUUCAGCGGGCGGUGUCAUCUGUGCGCGCGCGCGCGGGCGCCGCCAGCUACGGCGCCUCAGCACCUGCACCAGCUCGCUCUCCCCUCAGCACCAGCUCGCUCUCCCCUCAGCACCCGACCGCCCUCCGAGCGCUCGACCGCCGUCCCUGCUCCCUCUCCGCCCUCCCCUCCCCCUCGCUAACCCUCACUAACUCUGAUUGACGCAUUUCAUUAAACCUCGCUAUCUCACUCCAGCGAGCUUCUCCGCAUCGCUAUCCGAAAUGUCCGCCCGGUCCUCGCCGCGGCCCACC